GUGUUGCUCGUCGUCCAUUAAACUCGGGCAACAAAGAGAAAUGCAGCCAUCGACGCCGACGACUGCGGUCCAAAUGCCCAUCCAUUACGCUGUCAAGACGACGACGUCGGGACUGUUGUCCAGGUCUAACUCGUCUCCUCACACGGUAGACCCCGUCAAACAUCACUAUGUACCACCGUCGCCUACGAGGAAACGCCACGGACACUCGCAUUCGGUCGAGUCUGUUAACGGUAUAUAUAAUGUGAGCGAAGGACAGUACCCGUCUCCUUUACCCGUUCCACCGACAUUCUGCGUUAAUGCGGGGUCUCCUACACGCUCUACAUUCGCGACACCACAACGCAAAAGGGCAGAUACCCUCCCAUCCGGGUCGACGAAUCCUUGCGUGAGCGUUGCCAACGAUGCUACUCUGACAGAUAAUAGCCUGCCUUCCGAACCAAAGCAGUGGACCACAGACCAGCUCAUUACCUACCUUUCUACAUCCCUCGGUUCCAAUGGUGACCUGGGCGUACCGAACACAGAUGGUGUACUUGAUUGGGUCCGGGAAUGCGGUUUGACUGGGAGAGAGUGGCUCCGGCUUACUGAUAGGCACCUUGCUGGCACAUCCCUCUCCGAUGCCCAGAUAUCUCUCGUACUGGACAGCUCCCGUACGCUUCGUGCUGACUCGCUGAGAAGGCGUAUAUGGAUGGAUUCGUCCGACGCAGUGAACGCUACGAGUUCGUCUCCGUUCCACGGGGCACUCUACAGGAAUUCUAUCUCAUCGACAGACUUAUCAACACCCUCUCCCAACACGACCGUGGAUACCGAAAUCCCAAUAUCCCCUCCCCUCACUUUACACCGCUCGAAUUCGGUGUCCGAGUCUUUCAUGCGACGCUAUCGCGACCUUGCUCACAUACGCGUCCGGAGGAGGGGAAAGGUUAAAGGUCUUGUGGAGACCUGGGAAGGAGAGGUCAAUCGCCGGGGAAGUUUGAGUAACACUGAAGGUUCGAUUUGUAGCGAGGGGUCUGUAUCUGGGAGCGAUGCAGGGAGUGAGAGCGAGGUUAGUGAGGAACAUGACGUCGGCCAGGCUUUCCCUGAAGAAGCCUUGUCUACUAAUGGAUCCGGUUCGCCGACUCCAUCGAUGGCAGACACGACGCUUAUUGCUUUAAACCCUCCUCCACCUUAUACCUCGAUUAACGCACUGGACGAGGAGGAACCCAGCAUAGAGGAUUUGCUUGCGUCUUCCGGCUCUCUCGAGGGUGCGCGUGCAUGGGAAGCAGACUUACGGCUGGGGGAAACUGUGAAGCGUAUCCCAACUGCCGGUCCUGCCUAUCCUGCUAUGGGGGAGGAGAAAGUAGACUCGAUACGAGAGGCUGGCCUCGAGGAAAACAACGAUCGAGGUGGAAGUGAAUGCCCGGACGUUACCAUUGACCCAGCGGACGAAGGCCCCCAGAAUACCGUGCCGAAUGCUAUUAGCACUGUCUGUGUCGGCGUUCAGGUCGGCGACGCUCUUUCCUUGGCGAACCGCUCGCCAUCUGAAUGGGCAGACCAAACAGAUGCUAUUUGCGCUAUUGAGGCUUCUCUCGUGUCUACCCGUGCAGAACUCGAAACAUUCAAGGCACGUCUAGAGGUCCUCGAAGCUGACCUCUUGCAUUCCGAGGAGACUUCACUACAGCCUUCCGACGAAGCAAACGGCAAUUUACUCCAAAACGAAGAAACACUGCGCAAAAAGGAUGCCCAGGUCUCAACGGACGAUGGACAGUUGCUCCAGCAAACGCAGGACGAGACAGCACCAUACACGGAGCUGGACUGGAGAGGCAUCGUCCGUUCAGUCUCCACUGGGAUCUUGACCUGGUUAUAUCCGUAUACUCAGCCGAUCAGACAUCGUGAUGCCAUGAAUUGUCCCAAACGCCGUAAAGAUAGCCUCUCUCCAGUGCGAGCGACGGCGCUGCCAGCUAUGCGCCUUUCAUCGAUCAUCACGUUCUCUUUUUUGCUUUGUGCAGCUCUUCUGCGUCGAGCUGGGCUUACGCGGUGGAUUCGCAAACCUUGAUUACAGACGUUGCGGGUCGGCCAGUGUUAUUCGUGGUCGUGUUUGUCUCGUUAUUCCGUUCUGAACCAUGUUGUUGACAGACUUUUCUGCUAUACCUCCUUUGUCGGUUGCUUUCACUUGUCAUUUAUGUGACGACCAUGCUUUCAUAUACCCCAACGGAAUGUUUGUUAUGUGUAGAUGAUAGUGUUGUUUGACCCGUCGUAGGAGAGCACGUAAAUGAUAGUCAUCUGGGUGUUAGUGUUGUCAUG